CUUAACCACAUCAAUUCUCGAAGCAAACCCUUCCCCAGCUCAAAAAGAGAAAGCAGAAAACCUAGACACACAUCCCCUCCUCCAAAUAUAGCCCACUGAUGAGAAAGACCCACCACAGAGAGAUUAAACCAUAAACUCACUGAUCACAAUCUGUCCCAUAAAAACAACAACCACACAAACUAAAACAACUUUAACCCUUCCAUGAGAUCAUGGAGGGAGGUGAUGAUUUCCACCACCACCAUCACCACCGACAAAACUUCCCAUUCCAACUCCUUGAAAAGAAAGAAGACCAAGAAGCCCCUUCUUCAUGCUCCACCUCAUCCCCAUACCCAUCCCUAGCCAUCUCAGCCGAACCCUCCUCAACUUCAAACUCAACCCGAUCCACCAACAACCAGCUCCUACCUGCACCCUCGGAACCCUCUCCCAAAAAACCGCCCCCAAAAAGAACUUCAACAAAAGACCGUCACACCAAAGUUGACGGCCGUGGCCGUCGAAUUCGAAUGCCAGCUCUCUGCGCCGCUAGAGUAUUCCAGCUCACUCGUGAGCUGGGACACAAGUCUGACGGCGAGACCAUAGAGUGGCUCCUCCAGCAGGCGGAGCCAGCCGUCAUCGCCGCCACCGGCACCGGCACCAUUCCCGCCAACUUCACAUCCCUUAACAUAUCUUUACGAAGCUCCGGGUCCUCCAUGUCUGUCCCCUCUCAGCUACGAUCCACCUACUUCAACCCAAACUUUUCACUCCAACCUCGGAGAAGCUUGUUCUUAACCUCGGAGAACACUAACAAUUCCACUACACUCCUCAAUUUCCAAUCCAACAACCCAAUCUCCACCGGCAUGUUUCAAGCCAAGCAUGAAUUGCGCGAAACGACGUCGUUGGACUUGUCGUCUGAGAACACUGAAGAAGGUUUGGGAAGGAAACGACGACCCGCGGAACAAGACUUAUCCACGACUACACAACAUCAAGUUGGAAGCUAUUUCAUGCAAUCAAGCACUUCAGGGACAAUUCCAGCGAGUCACGCUCAAAUUCCCGCGAAUAUAUGGAUGGUAGCGAAUUCAAAUAGCCAAGGUUUGAGUGGUGAACCUCCUUUGUGGACAUUCCCAGGGGUUAGUAACAGCGCUUUGUAUAGAGGAACCGUGUCAAGUGGGUUGCAUUUCAUGAAUUUUCCUACCCCUAUGGCUUUGUUGCCCAGUCAACAAUUAGGAUCUUCUGGGAUUGGUGGGGGAGGCAAUAUGAACGAAGGGCAUUUGAGUAUGCUUUCUGGGCUUAACCCUUAUAGGACGGUGAUCGGCGUUUCGGAGUCUCAGGCAAGUGGGUCACAGUCACAUCAUGGUGGAAGCGAGGAUCGGCAUGACAACACAAGUCACCAUUCAUAAGAGGAUAUUCAAUAUCUUAUUUUUCUUCUUCAAUUCCUACUUGUGUAGUAGUUUGGUGUUUUAACACAACGUGACGUGAGGUUUGAUUAUUGCCCUGCGAAAUUGAGUUUUGUUUAUUUUGAAAAAUUAUUAAAUUUUUCUUUUUCUUGGUGUGGUUAAUAUUUUGGAAGAGGUGGAGAUGGAAGAGAGGAUGCUUUUUUAGGGUUUGAGAGAGAGAUAUGACACUAUUUAACAGUUGGAUAUUAUUAGGCUGGUCCUUUUUUUUGUAACAAAAAAAAGAAGAAGUCUCCUUUGAUUUAUUUCACUACACGAUAUCUUAUCAUCAUUGUUUGUGCAAUUCGCUUUUCCUUUCUUCUCUUCUUUUUUUCCUGAAAGCCUUUUGAUUUGUAAUUUUAUGCUUUUCAUGUUGAGAAGGGAAAGAAAACGACUCACUUCCAUCAUAAGUUAUAAAUAUCAUUUGGUAAGUAAAAUCUCCCUCUUAACAGGCAUUUGGGUUUUUCACAUUUUACAUUAUUUUUCUGAUUCCGGGUCACAAAGUUCAUGUAGUAAAAGGGAUGAAACAGUUUACCAAAGAAGAAAAAAGGGGGAAUGAAACAGUGUUACUGGGAGAGUGAGGCUAAUGUAAAUGUAUUGUGUUAUGUGAGUGGUAAUUGUACACUGCUUUUGGACCAAUCUUCGCCAUGAAUCUCGAGGUUUACAGCGUGGAUGAUUAAGAUUUUUCAGAGAUGGCGGUAAGAGGGUGGUGGGGUCUCAAAGACCUUAUCGGUUCCAGGUGUUGGCUUCGGUGGUGGGAUCCAGCUGCUGGUUAUUGCCCAAACCAAUGUACAAUGUCACUGACAAACAGGUGGAUCAUUCCUCUUUUUUUCCUAAUUAAUUUUUAAUUUCUUUUAAGUGUUUCUUGCCCUUUUUAUGGAGCAGUUACUGGCAUCAGAGUCCUUUAAUGACCCUACUGAGAUGUGGCCCACAUUUUCUUCAAUCAGGACCGUUCAUAUCGCGGGCCAUCCUCUUGAUGGCCGCAUUGAAUGAUUGGGUCUGUGCUCACCAAAGGGAAAAUGUGGAAUCUGGUGUUCUAUCGUCAUAACCUUCUGUUUUUUUUUUUUUUUCCUUUUAUUUCUAAGAUCAUAACUUUCUUUGUUAUUUACUGUGGAUUGAAAUUAUCUGUUUCUAU